UGUGAGGUGGGCAUUUCCAAGCCUGGGUGCUUGUGUGGUGGUGGUGGUGGUGGGGGGACACACGAUGACCUUCCCCUCCCCAGGAAGACCUGCAAGGGAAGAGCAACCCCCUGCGAGAGCCCCCUGCGCUGAUGAUUUUCAGGGACUUGUUGGCAACUCAGGGAGGGUUGCCAUAGCUUUUUUAUGUAGGGUGACCAGAACCGGCUGAGACUGGUUUGAGGCAGAUCAGCUCCUGAACACAAUGCAGUCACUGAGCUCCUACAGUGGGAUAGCAGCUUCCUCCCUUCAUGGCAGCCAAAAGCAGAGGCGCUUGCAGGAAGGUACCAUCCCAACACAGUAUGUGAAUGCACACUUAGACACCACACAGCACUGGUAUGUGGCUAAUGGAGUCCUGAAAGAGCCUGUGUAGAGAAGAUGGGGGAAAUGUGCAGGUUUGCAAGGUCUGAGAUUACUUGGGCUUUUCCUGCCUUUUUCUUUUGCUUAAGGGAUGGACAAGGAGCUGAGAUUUAUGACCCUUAUUAAAGAAAAAAAAAAAAUGUGACUUGCUAGGGUGGGGACACUUGGUUUAUACCUCUCUCUCUCUCUCUCUUUCUCUCUCUCUCUCAAUCUCAAUCUCUCGUUUUUAACAAAACCAAACCAGAAUGAACUGAUGGAUUUGUAAUGGUAGUUUGUUGCUGGAGAUUGCUACUUUGCAUGCUUUUUUUUCUCUUGCAGGGUAUGUUCUGUUUUGUGCUUUUCCUUUUAGAAGCUACUAAAGGGUGUUGGGGAUACUUCUGACUAUUAUGAAGGCCAAAAGGCCUGUUGACUGUGGCUGCUUUUAACCCUUUCAUCUUUGCAGAGAAUGCCCGUGUGACAGUAACUGAGCACUGUUCCAAAGUCUUUCCCAAAGGUCAAGGUUCACAAGAACAUCUGAUCCAAUUCAUGACCAUGGGGGAUAUGAAGACCCCCGACUUUGAUGACCUCCUGGCAGCGUUCGACAUCCCAGAUAUGGUCGAUCCUAAAGCAGCUAUUGAAUCUGGACACGAUGACCAGGAGAGCCACAUCAAGCGAGAGGACGACUCCCACACGCCAUCCUCUUCCGACGUGGGUGUCAGUGUUAUUGUUAAGAACGUUCGGAACAUUGAUUCCUCCUCCGAGGGCUCUGAGAAAGACGGCCACCCCACGGGCAAUGGCCUACACAAUGGGUUCCUCACAGCGUCCUCUCUGGACGGCUACAGUAAAGAGGGGUCAAAGUCCUUGAAAGGAGAUGUGCCUACCUCAGAGGUGACUCUAAAAGACUCCGCUUUCAGCCAGUUUAGCCCUAUCUCUAGUGCUGAAGAGUUUGACGAUGAUGAGAAGAUAGAGGUGGAUGACCCCCCUGACAAAGAGGACUUGCAUUCGAGUUUUAGAUCGAAUGUGUUGACGGGGUCUGUUUCCCAACAGGACUACGAGAAACUGAAGGCGCUUGGAGGGGGAAACUUAAGCAAAACUGGAAUCUCUACUUCAGGCCAUGCAGACAAAAACAAAGUUAUCAAGAGAGAAACAGAAACAAAUUCUAUCAAUCUGAGUGUUUAUGAACCUUUUAAAGUCAGAAAAGUGGAGGAUAAAUUGAAGGAAAACUCUGAAAAGGUGCUUGAAAAUAGGGUCCACGACGGGAAGCUGAGCUCCGAGAAGAACGACACUACCCUUGUCGGCGUGGUUCCGUCAAGGUCAAAGCCAUCCUCUAAGCUUUCUUCCUGCAUAGCUGCCAUCGCCGCUCUUAGUGCUAAAAAGGCUGCUUCCGGCGCCAGUAAAGAGCCAGUGACCAAUUCACGGGAACCCUCUCCAUUACCAAAAGAAGUCAAUGAUAGUCCUAGAGCCAUUGAAAAGUCUCCCGAGUCCCAGAGUCUCAUCGAUGGGACGAAGAAGGUGUCCCUGAAGCAGCCGGAUAGCCCCAGGAGCAUUUCAAGUGAAAACAGUAGCAAGGGAUCUCCGUCGUCCCCUGCAGGAUCAACACCAGCAAUUCCCAAAGUCCGCAUCAAAACCAUUAAGACGUCCUCUGGGGAAAUAAAGAGAACAGUGACAAGGGUAUUGCCAGAAGUUGAUCUCGACUCUGGAAAAAAGCCCGAGCAUCCAGGGCCUGUGUUGGCUUCUGUGACGUCGCUUCUGUCAUCCCCAGCUGCAGCUGCCGUCCUUGCCUCUCCCCCCAGAGCGCCUCUGCAGUCUGCCCUUGUCGCCAACGCGAUUAGCCCUGCAGAGCUGACCCCCAAGCAGGUCACUAUUAAGCCCGUGGCAACUGCCUUCCUCCCAGUGUCUGCUGUGAAGACAGCAGGAUCUCAAGUCAUUAAUUUGAAGCUCGCUAACAACACAACGGUCAAAGCCACAGUCAUAUCUGCUGCCUCUGUUCAGAGCGCCAGCAGCGCCAUCAUUAAAGCUGCUAAUGCCAUCCAGCAGCAAACCGUUGUGGUGCCGGCAUCCAGCCUGGCCAAUGCCAAACUCGUGCCAAAGACUGUGCACCUCGCCAACCUUAACCUUCUGCCUCAGGGCGCACAGGCCACCUCUGAGCUCCGCCAAGUGCUAACCAAACCUCAGCAGCAAAUAAAGCAGGCAAUAAUCAAUGCAGCUGUCUCACAACCACCCAAAAAGGUUUCUCGAGUCCAGGUGGUGUCCUCCUUGCAGAGCUCUGUGGUGGAAGCUUUCAACAAGGUGCUGAGCAGUGUCAACCCUGUUCCAAUUUACAUCCCCAACCUCAGUCCCCCUGCUAACGCAGGCAUCACGCUGCCCACCCGUGGCUAUAAGUGCUUGGAGUGUGGCGACUCCUUCGCUCUGGAAAAGAGUCUGACUCAGCACUACGACAGACGCAGUGUGCGCAUCGAGGUGACAUGUAACCACUGUACAAAGAACCUCGUUUUCUACAACAAGUGCAGCCUCCUCUCCCAUGCCCGUGGGCAUAAGGAGAAGGGGGUGGUCAUGCAGUGCUCCCACUUGAUCCUAAAGCCCGUCCCAGCAGAUCAAAUGAUUGUUUCUCCACCAAGCAAUACUUCUGCUUCAUCUUCCACUCUGCCAAGCUCUGUGGCAGCUGGCACACACACUGUAACAAAAAUCCAGUCUGGUAUAACUGGGACGGUCAUAUCGGCUCCUUCAAGCACACCCACCAUUCCAGCUAUGCCUCUAGACGAAGACCCGUCCAAGCUCUGCAGGCAUAGUCUGAAAUGUUUGGAGUGCAACGAAGUGUUCCAGGACGAGACAUCACUGGCUACGCAUUUCCAGCAGGCUGCAGAAACGAGUGGACAAAAGACUUGCACUAUCUGCCAGAUGCUGCUUCCCAACCAGUGCAGCUAUGCAUCCCACCAGAGAAUCCAUCAGCACAAAUCUCCCUACACCUGCCCCGAGUGCGGGGCCAUCUGCAGGUCGAUGCACUUCCAGACCCACGUCACCAAGAACUGUCUGCACUACACGCGGAGAGUUGGUUUUCGAUGUGUACAUUGCAAUGUUGUGUACUCUGAUGUGGCCGCACUGAAGUCUCACAUCCAAGGUUCUCACUGUGAAGUCUUCUACAAGUGUUCUAUUUGUCCAAUGGCGUUUAAGUCUGCCCCCAGCACACAUUCCCAUGCCUACACACAACAUCCUGGCAUCAAGAUAGGAGAGCCAAAAAUAAUAUAUAAGUGUUCCAUGUGCGACACCGUAUUUACCCUGCAAACCCUGUUGUAUCGCCACUUUGACCAACACAUCGAAAACCAGAAGGUGUCUGUUUUCAAGUGUCCAGACUGUUCUCUUUUAUAUGCACAGAAGCAACUCAUGAUGGACCAUAUCAAGUCUAUGCAUGGAUCGUUGAAAAGUAUUGAAGGGCCUCCAAACUUGGGUAUAAACUUGCCUUUGAGCAUUAAGCCCACAACUCAAAAUUCAGCAAAUCAAAUCAAGGAGGACGUCAGAUCCAUGAACGGGAAAGAGAAAUUGGAAAAUAAAUCCCCAUCUCCUGUGAAGAAACCAAUGGACCCCAAGAAAAUGGCCAUCCUCGGGUGGACGUGUUGGGAGUGUGACCGCCUGUUCACGCAAAGAGAUCUUUACAUUUCCCACGUGAGGAAGGAGCACGGGAAGGUAACCCUUCUUCCACCACUUCACAAAACUCAAAGGCCACAGCCCUUGGACCCCACCUCCACAAGCAAACUGCAAGUCUUUUUCAAGCAAAUGAAGAAGCACCCGUGCCGCCAGUGUGACAAGUCCUUCAGCUCCUCACACAGCCUGUGCCGGCACAACCGCAUCAAGCACAAAGGCAUCCGGAAGGUUUACACCUGCUCGCACUGCCCAGACUCCAGGCGGACCUUCACCAAGCGGCUGAUGCUGGAGAAGCACAUCCAGCUCAUGCACGGGAUUAAGGAUCCCGACUUGAAAGAAAUGACAGAAACCACCAACGGGGAGGAAAUAGAAAUAAAAGAAGAUACCAAGGUUCCCAGCCCCAAGCGGAAGUUGGAGGAGGAUGAACCAGUUUUAGAAUUCAGGCCUCCCAGGGGAGCGAUCACUCAGCCACUGAAGAAGCUCAAGAUCAACGUGUUUAAGGUCCACAAGUGUGCCGUGUGCGGCUUCACCACCGAGAACCUGCUCCAGUUCCACGAACACAUCCCGCAGCACAAGUCCGACGGCUCCUCCUACCAGUGCCGGGAGUGCGGCCUCUGCUACACGUCACACGUGUCGCUGUCCAGGCACCUGUUCAUCGUGCACAAGCUGAAGGAGCUGCAGCCCGUGGCCCAGCAGAACGGGGCCGGGGAGGAGAACCAGCAGAGCCCGCCCAGCCCCGAGCACGAGGGCGCCGACGGCCCUGCGUCCGACAGGAAGUGCAAAGUGUGUGCAAAAACGUUCGAAACGGAAGCUGCCUUAAACGCUCACAUGCGGACACACGGCAUGGCCUUCAUUAAAUCCAAAAGAGUGAAUUCGGCCGAGAAAUAGCCACAGACCUUCCCAGAAGGGGGAUCCCUGUCCACAUUGGAAUACAGAAGACAUUUUUGUUACAAGAAGUUUGCAGUAUAAUAGUUAACAGUACUGUCUAGGCUGUUGCAAUAUAUUCUCCUUCAACAUCCCCCCUCCACCUCGUCGUGUAUAUCCUCGAUAAGUAUUACAGCAGUAUUUGAGUUUAAAAGAGUUUGUAUAUAUUUAAAUGGAAAACUUUUUAUACUCUUUGUUACAUGUUUGUAUCAGUAUUUAGUAGGAAAUGUUUUGAGUUUGGGGUUUUUUUUGCGGGGGUGCGGUUAGGAUUUUUUCUUUUUGUAUUGUUCCUUUAAAACAGAGUUCUUAGUAACAGGGGCAGUUCCUGAAUUCAAAUAAACCAUUUUAUAUGUAAUGGAUUUAAAAGGGUUAACUAAUUACAGGCCAAGGUAAGGCCUUUUUUAGUGUUUUUAAUUUUUAAAAUUCACUACAUACAUUGUAGGGGAUCGUUGGUCUCAAAACACCUAGGGACUCUUAAGUGUCUUAGCACCAUGCUCAGCGUGCCCGCUCCGGUCUGCGAGUGCACCCCUCAGGCAGAGCGCACUCCGAGGGCACGCGGCAUCUUCCGGGCCAAUCCAACCUCUUUAAAGCAGCAGCCUUGCCGGCGAAUAAAAACUUAGGCCAGAAACCCAAACGCAGGGGGAUUUCCCUAUCUCCAUCGUACAGGGGUGAAAGGGUAUCUAUACUCUGGUCGGAUUCACAAGGCUGGCUUCAAGAGCACAAGGAGAUAAAGUUACGAAAGGGCUGGACUACUGUAAAAGUUACACAUAACGUCGUUAGACCAAUAGAUUUCUAUAGUCAAGUUUUUGUCAUGUAAUUUAUUAACUAUUCUAAAGACACAACUAAAGCUAUCAAGUAUUUCUCUGGCUCUUGACAGGAAGUCAAAAUUCCUAGUUGACUAACCCUUGGCUGUCUGAAGAGUUGGCGGUUUUUUUUUGUUCUGGGUGCUACUGCCAAACAUUCUGGUACUUAGAGUUGGGAUGCACUACUCCAACCACCGACUUACCAGUGCAGCAGCGCUGAGCCCCGGGUUUAGUCCCUCACUUCAAUAACUACACUUAUUGGGGGGAGGAGGGGGAUCUCUGCUCGCUGGGAGCACAGUGGAGUCCUCUUCUGUCCUUUCCAUUCACAGUUCUCUGGGAGAGUUCUAUUUUUUUUGUUUUGUUUUAUGUUUUCUUUGGCAUUUUUAUAUCUUGUAUUUAUCCCUAAACAUGUUUUGUACUUUUUUUCUUUUCUUUUUUUUUUUAGGAAAAGGAAUUCUUUUGUGUACAUAUAGAUACUUGCAUGAUAUACUGUAGUCAAUGUUCGGUUCCUCAAAAAAGGUCUUGCUGCUGUCCAGUGUUAUGCACUACAUCCAGAAGAACUGUAUUCAACACAUUUCAUCUGUAAAUAAACGUGGGACAUUUGGCCCUUGUGCUUCUGUGAGGGAGUUAUUGAUGGUGGGACUGUGACGUCUUCCUGAAGCUCAGGAAGUGAUUCAUUUCAGGGACAGGCUACAGGAUAUUGCAGAAGAAUGGCGUAUUCAUUCUCAUUAGCAAUCAGCUGUUUGUCACUUUCUUGUUGAUGCCAUCAGGACACCGAUGUAACCCAAGGGCAUGAUUAAGUAUUCCUCAACUUGACAUUCAAUUGCUGUUACUUGUUAUAUUUAUACUUGUAUUGCUCUGAGUUGUAUUCAUAGCACUUUCAUAUGUUUUUGCAUUGGAACCUUGCAAUAAACCUGUGUGGUGGGCUGCACAGGUCUGACUAGCUUAAUUUUCAUGGUUGAGGAAGCUGAGUUCCGAUUAAAUUCUUUACCUAAGCCCUCAUAGUUGGUAAGUGGCUUUGCGUAUUAGAACCCAUAUUCUUGCUCUAAAUCUAGUCUCGCUCUAUAUGUUUAUGUACAUAUUGGCAAAUAUUCAUUUAUUCAACAAAUAAAAAGUAUGUGCAAAACAUGCUACUAGAA